UUCCAUUUGCCAAUGUGGGUGGUUACUUAUUAAGGCUGUUGAGAAAUAAAAGAUCAAAAGGUGGGUAAAUACCUUCGAUCCAGAGCCAAACCUGGACUCGCCCCAGCAUAGUCAUUGAGGUUAGUGAAGUCUGUCAUUAAAAAAGACUUCAACGAGCUGUUUCUGCUGCUGAUUAACAAACACUCAAAAACAGACGCCCAGAUCAACAGACCGCGCGUCUUUCCGCAGCCCAGAGCCCGCAGGCAGAAUCACUUUAGAAGAUAUUCGACGUUAGUCCUCCCUGCAUAUCUUCAGCUUCAUCGACAACAUUUCUUAGAUUACUUCGUUCAAAUGAUUUAGCACCAUUACAUGAGGUACAUCGAAUGGUUUAAAACAGUGCCAGCAUUUCGGAUCGUCCAUUAUUUACCGAGCGUUGCAUGGCCCCGGUGCUUUGCCGGUGCUUUUUCUGACGCAGUCAGGAGAAUUCGUCAUGCGCUUCAAGAGCAGAGUAAUUCUCUUGUCUUCCGUGCUGACUGCUGUGAGUUUUCUCUCUGCUUUCCGCUUGUUUCGACGGUCUGAGGAACUCAGUCGAUGGGCGUUGGGUAAUGACAACCGUAGGGGAGUGUCCCAGGGUAACCGUAUCAGACCAGCAGGGUCAGAUGGAGGAAAGUCAACCAACGCUCACGGCCCUUGUUUGCUUGCCGAUGGGAUGAAACAUGUAUUCAACGAAACAAAAGAUAGGCCUAAAAACUCGAAGAAGGAAACUGAGAAGAAAUCCAAACAACAGAAAGGAUGGGAUGACCAAGAAGUUAUCGGUGCUGGUCACCCAUGGCAACAGUUUUGCCGUGAUAUCAACCAGGAUGCCUUGUACAGCGAAGACGCGCAGUACAUGGAUGACCUCCUCCGCGACCUUGCUACCGUCAAGAUCGUCAAUGCGUCGCAGUUUUCUGGUGGGACCCAGCUCAAGCUAGACUUGAGACUUGCUGACGGAAAUAGGGUCAUUGCCAAGCCUAUGAGGUUACCGAGAGAUUAUGUGUACAAAUACGAUCACGAAGAGCCGUUCUGGUUGGACCCAGAGAGGCAUAACGCGGAGAUAGCAUCAUUUCACCUUGACAGACUUCUUGGCUUCAGGCGAGUUCCCCCCUGUAGCGGACGACACGUCAACUUGAAGGAAGAAAUUUUGAAGAUGACUGAUGACACAAAUUUAUUGAGCACUGUCUUCAAAAACAGUAAGCAUUGGAAGUUGUCUCGGUUUAGUCGGAGGUGGAAAGAGGAAAAUAUAUGCUUGGAUUUACUGAAGGAUCCCGUCUGGCUGGAAGGGCGAUAUUUGUUAGACCUCAUAGAGCAAGGGAUAUUUGACUUCUUUCUCCGAAAUUAUGACAGGCAUCACUACACGCAACUACGCCAAUACCGGAAAAGUAGUUGUGUAAUACACGUAGACAAUGGCAAAGGUUUUGGUAAUCCGCUUGUAGAUGAUGACACUUUUCUGGCCCCUGUCUACCAAUGCUGCAAGCUUCGACGCUCAACAUACCUUCGUUUGAAGGAGCUAGCUCGUCCCAAGUCGCGACUGGGUCACCUGCUCAAGUCCUCGAUGUCACGUGACCCGAUCGCACCUGUCGUCACAGAGGACCACAUGCGGGCGAUGGACAGACGACUUCAAACCGUCCUUAAUACUAUCAAUAAAUGCAUUCAUGAUCACGGAGAGAGGAACGUGCUUGUGGAACGCUUAGAUUAAGAAAAGUUUCAAAGUUUCAGUCGAUCACCGUUCGAAAAGUCACAGCCUGUUUCAUUGGUAUGGUUGCACAUGCCAAGGUGGCACUGGUAGUUUCGUUAUUAAAGCCACAGUUUUUUAUGAAGAGGACGCCGACGAUUUGGGGAGAGUUCAUUCGUGGAAUUUAAUUGAAUCUUUCACCCCCUUUCGUUUGGGCACAGUCAGGCUAGAUGGUUAAUUACUAUAACAGACAGGAAUUGGCUCCACCCGAGGACUGGAUUUCUUUAUGGGUGUGAAAAAUGUGUGAUAUGCGAAAGCCAACGAGUGCCAUGAAGUAUACAUUUAAAAAACUGACAUGCAAUUUUGUCUAAGUUAAUUUUUGUAAGAUACGUGUGUGUUCGUACAUGUUCAUAUUUCUGAGAUAUACAUCUUUAAGUCCGUUUUGACGAAGUCUAGUUUUUGCAAGAUAUGUUUUUCAAUUUCUUUUAACGAGAUUUAUUUCAGGAAAUCUUUUUUCUUCAAAAAUGGUAUUUCUAAGAAUAGAUUUCGCAAAUAUUUUGGAAAAUACACCUUGUAAAAUUGAACUUUGGGAAAGGAAUUCAUUUCGUAAAAAAGCUAACUUUUGAAAAUGUAUACUUCAUGGCACUCGUACCUGCCCUUUCGUAUUACAUACAUAGGCCUACUUCUGGCGGCACAUACACGACGGAAAGAUUCAGUAUGGUGAUAAAAAGAUAUCACAGUUGCAGUUGUCAAUUAUUGGACGUACUUUUUCAUGAAUUCUGCAUUCCAGGCUUUCACAUUUUGGAUUAUUCCGAG